UCAAUUAUUGUUAGUGUGACAAUGCACAGAUCGAGUAGUCUAUAACAAGCAGCAGUCAGCAGAAAGGCAGCUCGCCAAGCUCGGUGGAUCUAGAGCAGCACAAUGACCACCACCGGCGCCGGGAAGGACGACGUCGAGGGCCUGAAGCAGGCAAUGGCGGCCGGCGCGGGCAUCGCCGACCUCAUCCCUUCGCUGCCCCUCGAGACGAGGUGCCAGCCGUUCCUCCUCCGUCAGCUCGGCGGCUUCUGGCUGCCCGAGAUGUUCCUUCCCGGGGUCGCCGCCGCGCACGCGCGCUUCAAGCCCAGGCCCGACGACGUCUUCCUCGCCAGCUUCCCCAAGUCCGGCACGACCUGGCUCAAGGCACUCACCUUCGCUACGCUCAACCGGGCCCACCACCCGCCGUCCGACCCUGACCACCCACUCCGGCUCCAAAGCCCCCACGACUGCGUCAGCUUCUUCGAGCUUCCCUUGGCCCUCGCUGCGGCCAGCAGCAACGGCGGCGGCGGAGGGGACAGGGAGGAGGAGGAAGAAGCGUUCGCGGCGCUCCCUUCGCCGCGCGUGCUCGCCACCCACCUGCCCUACCACCUCCUGCCGGAGCGCAUCACCGCGGAGAGCUCCGGCUGCCGCGUCGUCUACGUCUGCCGGGACUCCAAGGACGCGUUCGUAUCCGCGUGGGUGUUCACCAAGAAGACAGCGGCCGCAAAGGCCGCCGCCGGCGAGGCCCCGCCGCCGCCGCCGUACCCGCUCGAGUCAGCGUUCGAGCUGUUCUGCGACGGCCGCAGCGUCGGCGGCCCGCAGUGGCUGCACGUGCUCGGGUACUGGGAGGCGAGCCUGCGGCGGCCGGACAGGGUGCUCUUCCUUCAGUACGAGGACAUGCUCCGGGACCCGGCGAGCAGCGUGAGGAAGCUUGCCGAGUUCUUGCGCUGCCCGUUCUCCGGCGAGGAGGAGGCGGCGGGCGCGGUGGGCGCCGUCGUGGAGCUCUGCAGCCUGGGCAGCCUCCAGGGGUCCAAGGGGAACCGGAGCGGCAAGACGAAGGAUAUGAGCAUCGACAACGGGCUGUUCUUCCGGAAGGGCGAGGCGGGGGACUGGCGCAACCACCUGUCGCCGGAGAUGGCGGCGCGGCUGGACCAGAUCGUCGGCGAGGCGCUGCAAGGGUCGGGGCUCACGUUGGGUGGCGUCGCCGGCGCCGCGCGCGACGACGACGACGACUCUGCGUGAGCCGCCGGCACGUUUGGCGACAUGCAGAUGCAAAUGCAGGUGACGCUGGAACUGGUAUUCACUCGCGUGAUUCCUGAGCGUUUUGCUGAGUAAAUGGGGGUGCUAUGCGCACCUCCAAGGCUCAGAACCAGAAUAAGUUUACUCAACAUGCAUGUAUGUGCGAGCGACUUUGUUUUAAUCUCAUAUGCCUAUGCCUUGUUAAUUCCAUCAUUGGCUUAAAAACUCAAGCAUAAAGAAAACGUCUUCCUUUUCAGUUUUCACCUAUGAAAGGAUUUGCUCCUAAAUCUUAUUUGUA